CAGCAUUCAAACUGUAGAGGUUAAAAACAUAAACUAAAAUUUAUUUAUGUGGGUUCAAACAAAUAAAAAAAAAUGCACUUGUACGACGCCAAGGUAGCUGAUAUCCUAAGAUGUGCACAAAGAGAUGACUCCUUUGUAAAAAGUUGCGAAGAAGAUGUUCUUUCAAUUUUCAAAUUACUUGGUUUCAAAAACUAUAAUCAUCUCAAAAAUACUGUACCUGCAAUUACUAACAUCUGGUAUUACUAUUUCACUUCGUUGAACAAAUUACAAACCUUAGGUGAAGAGUACACUGGAGUUAUAAGAUUUACGGAUAAAAAUAACAUUCCAUCAAAAUUUGUACAAGUUCUUUGGAUACUGUUUUAUAUAGGUGGCGAAUCAUUAUAUAACCGAUUUCUAGAUAAACUAAAAACAAAUAUAAAUAAUUCUGAAACCCUAACUAACCAUGCACGACUUAAGUUGAUACGUGUAAUAACAUUUUUCAAAGAGAAUAAAUUGUUAUUGUUACGAUUACACUAUUCCCUAUUUUAUAUAUAUGGCAAGUACUACAAUCUUUCAAAUCGAAUUUGGGGAAUCAAAUAUAUUUUGUUACGACAGUGGCUACAAGACGAUUCUUCUACCCUCAGUUUUAAUAUACUAGGAAAAGUGUCUCUAGCAUAUUUAGUGUAUGCUUUGAUACGUGGAAUGUAUUUGUCUAAAGAUGAGGUGGAAGAGACUGCGAUAAGCAACUACAGUAGCAGCAGCACACUAUGCAGCUUAUGUACAGAACCCCGGAAAGAUACGUGUGCUACAUCCUGUGGUCACUUAUUUUGUUGGAAGUGUAUUUAUGAAAGCUUAAAUUACCAACAAUUUUGUCCUAUUUGUAGAGAAAUUAUCCAUCCUAGUAGGAUUAUAUUUUUGCAAAAUUGUGAGUAGGUAGACAACAUGUUAAAUGUUAGUUUACAUAACUGUUAUGCAAUAAAAUGUUCAGUGUU